AUGAGCCGAAGUUCGCACGAUGAGGGAGAAAUCUCGGAUGAACGUCGUCAGCAAUCAGCGUCAGAUGAUGAUGGAUCGCAAAAAGGUGAGAAAAUAAGGAAAACUCGGAAAAUUCUCAAUUUUAGAGUCCGAAAUACGCGCCAAACUUCUCAACAAGCUAAAUAAAAGCAAACGAAAGCAUAGUGAGAAUGAUGAUGAGGAUGAAAGAUUCACGAUUCAACCAAAAGAUUCGCAAAGGCGUCGGGAACCGGAGAGCCGGGAGAAGAGGAAGAGAGUAUCACCGCCGAGCCCGGAAAAACAUCAUAAAAGGGAUAGAUAUCGGGAUAAGGAGAAGGAGAAGCAUCAUCGAAGACAUUCUAGAGACAGGAAACAUCGACGAAGAAGUUCAUCGACAGAAGAUCGAAAAUCACACAGAACAUCUGAAAAAUCGCAUAAAGAUGGGAAAGAGAAGGAAAAGGAAGAAUACAAAUUAUUCGAGCGAGUUUUGGAGCCAGGAAAAUCUAAGAAAUCUGCGGAAAAAGUUAUAGAAAUUGAGGAUGUUGAGAUGUCUCCUGUGGAGAUUCUCGAGGAGGACAAACCGAUUUCCACAUUCACCCUGGAAGCUGAAGCUGGCCCGAAGAAGUAUUCGAAGUUUGAAAGUGAUGAGGAAGAAGAAGAAGAAGGUUCUCCAUUGAGAGAGGAUUCCCCAGAAAUUGUUGAAGUUAUGGAAGAUCUAGAUUCCGAUCAAGAACAUCUAGACGAUGAAGAAUCAUUUAUAAAUCAUAAGUGGGAAGAUCUGACAGAGGAACAAAGAGAUAGUCUAACUCCAGAUGUUCGAUCUCGCUUGGAGAAUGAUUAUCAGAAGCAACUCAUCUCAAAGCUCCCUGUUUUCUACCCAGGAAUCAUGGGUUGCCGGAAUAUUGCGGAAUAUGAAUGUGUAAAUCGUGUAGAUGAGGGAACUUUUGGAGUGGUUUAUCGUGGAAAAGACAAAAGAACUGAUGAAAUUGUGGCGUUGAAACGGUUGAAAAUGGAAAAGGAGAAAGAGGGUUUUCCGAUCACUGCACUUCGAGAAAUUAAUAUGCUUUUGAAGGCGGGAAAUCAUCCGAAUAUUGUGAAUGUUAAGGAGAUUUUGAUUGGCACAAAUAUGGAUAAAAUAUACAUGGCCAUGGAAUUUGUGGAACACGACUUGAAAAGUCUCCUGGACACGAUGAAGAAGAGGAAUAAGAGGUUUUCGGUGGGCGAGCAGAAGACUUUGCUACAUCAAUUGUUGUCGGGAAUUGAUCAUAUGCAUCGAUUGUGGAUUUUGCAUAGAGAUUUGAAGACUUCGAAUUUGCUUUUAUCACAUAAAGGUGUCCUAAAGGUAAGGUUUUGAAGUUUUCCUUUUUUUCCUAAAAAAAAAAUCCUGUUUUUUCAGAUCGCAGAUUUCGGUUUGGCUCGAGAAUAUGGAGAUCCUUUGAAGAAAUUCACCUCCGUCGUUGUUACACUUUGGUAUAGAUCUCCGGAAUUGUUGCUAGGAGCUAGGGUGAGUCGAUAUUUGUCUGAAGUUGCAGAACUCAACUUCUAACCUGAGUUAUGACGUGGCAAAGUUGGAGAUUUCGCGAUUUUAAGAGUUGAAACCUGAAAAAAAGCUUCAAAAAUGAUUUUUCCCUUCUGAACAACUCUAUGCUAUCAAAUUUGCAUGAGAAAAAUCAUUUUUUCAGGUUUGAGCUCCUAAAAUCUCCAAUUUCGCCACGUCAUAACUCAGGUUAGAAGUUGAGUUCUGCGGAAAAUUACAAGAAACCUCAAUAUUCCCAAUUUUUCCAGUAUUACUCAACUCCAGUGGAUGUUUGGUCAAUCGGUUGCAUCAUGGCCGAAAUCAUUCUCCUCAAACCACUCUUUCCCGGUCGCGGUGAACUCGAGCAAAUCAAGAAGAUCUUCAUGGAACUCGGCACACCAACCACACAAAUAUGGCCAGAUGUUGUGGAAUUGGAGGGAUGGAGUCGAUUGCAAUUCGAGAAUUAUCCGUAUAAUCAAUUGAGGAAGCAAUUCUUGUCGGGACGAUUGUUGGACGAUACCGGAUUCAAAUUGUUGAUGCGAUUUUUGACGUAUGAUCCGAAGAAUCGAAUUACCACAUCGGAGGCGUUGACACACGAAUGGUUCAGUGAAAAUCCGCUUCCGGUACCAUCCGAAGAUUUUCCGACGUUUCCCGCGAAAAGCGAACAAAAUCAAGCGCCACCUCCGGCCAGCAAAAAACAACAACAGAAAAAACCCGAUGUCGUGGUGGAUCCCGAGACUGCGAAAUUGCUCAAACAACUCGCUGUCAAACCCGAACACAUGAAACCAACUGGAUUCUCGUUGAAAUUUGAUCCGACUAGAUUUUAA